AUGGCAGGAGGAACCAGCAUUUGGUUCAGCAGCGAAGCAAAGUCUGACCCAAGGGAGAUUUUCAAUCUUCGCCUGCUUUACCUACUUGUCGCCGUUGCUUGGGGCGGUUCCUUUUAUGGAUUCGACACCGGCAAUAUUGGCGGGAUUCUCACUCUUCCCUCCUUCAGAAAUGCAUUUGGAUUAAACGACGUGUCCCAAGCUGAGCAGGAUAACCGCAAGGGAACUAUCGCCUCAAUGCUUGCUGCUGGUGGAUCUGCAGGAGCCAUUCUAGCAGCUCCCACCUCAGACUAUCUCGGACGAAAAUGGUCUGUUUUCGGCUGGGGUGUGGUCUUUGUCGUUGGUGCCGUGAUGCAGAUGAUUGCCGACUACGAUGUCUUGUUAGCCGGUCGUUUCAUUGCAGGUAUGGGCGUCGGUGCAUCAUCGAUGCUCACGCCACAGUUCCUAGCUGAGAAUUCUCCCAAAUCUGUUCGAGGCUCGAUGACUGCCACCUACAACCUGAUGAUUGUCUCUUCUCUCAUGCUGGCAUUCUGGGUCAACUACGGCGUCUCGAAAUGGACUUUCGCCGGCGUGGAACACGAUGAUACGCAGUGGCGGACCGCAAUGGGAAUACAGAUUAUUCCCGGUGCUCUUUUGUGCAUUAUGAUCCCCUUUGUUCCAGAAACGCCUCGGUACCUGAUCAACCAUGGCAAGUCCGAGCAAGGACUGAAGAACAUCUGCAAGUUGCGCAAACUUCCGGAAUACCAUGAGUAUGUGCAAAUGGAAUAUCGUGAGAUCGAGGCGCAAGUCAAGCACGAGCAGGAGUGUUUUGCUGGGCAUAAUUACUGGGUUGUGCUCAAGGAUAUCUUCACCUCAACGAGCAACCUGCAGCGCUUUGUGUUGUCCGUGAUGCUGUUUUUGUUUCACAAAUUGACUGGCACGGACUCUCUCAAUUACUAUGCCCCCGAGAUCUUUGCGUUGAUAGGUGUGAAAGGUGGCUCCUCCAGUCUUCUCACCACUGGAAUCUACGGAGUUGUGAAGACCGUAGUUACAAUCCUCUAUGUGGGAUAUCUCGUCGAUCGCAUCGGCCGCCGAAUCCCCCUUCUCGUUGGGGCGACCCUCCAAGGUACUGCAAUGCUCUAUCUGGCGUUGUACCUUCGCUUCGCGGGUACGAACACAGAAUCUGUCGGCGGAACCCCGGCGGGCGGUAUUGUCGGUAUAGUUUGGAUCUACAUAUACGCAUUUGGAUGGUCCUUCGGACACUCGGUUGCAUGCUAUGUGGUUGCGGCCGAGGUGUUUCCCACGAGAAUUCGAUCUUUCUGCAUGUCGAUUUGUUUCUUCAUCAACUGGAUUGUCGACUACGGUAUUACGAGGGCAACACCCAAUAUGAUCACGGAAAUGGGGUGGGGCGUCUUCUUGCUCUACGCGAUGCUCACCUACCUUGGUGUUGUUUUUAUCUUCUUUUGUCUGCCCGAGAUGAAGGGCCGAUCGAUCGAGAGUAUGGAUAACUUGUUUGAACGGCCGUUGUGGACCAUGUGGAGACAUGCCUAUCCGACGGAGGAAGAAAAGAUCAGGCGAGAUGUUCGAGAUGACAUGAUGGCUGGGAAGAUGCAUGCGGAGGAAGAUGGAAAGAAACAUCGAGUGGAUCAUGUUGAAAUCCUCGACCACAUGACGGUUGAACUCGGCAUCAUUCCGACUAUCGGGGAGGAGCAAGUUCUCCCACGCUACGGUCUUCUCUCCGGGUUUAGCGUAGCACAGUUGAGCUUGGAGUGGACAAUCAAUUGCACUCUGAUAAAGAUAAAUGGGAGCUCCAAAUUCUCCAAAGACAGGUGCAGAUUCCUGCCUAUACGCGCAAUGACAGAAAUUCAACAAAAGACCUUUAUCCUCAAUACCGGGGCAAAGAUUCCGGCUAUUGGCUUCGGCACAUGGAAAGCUGGUCCUGGUGAGGCUGCUGCAGCCGUGCAAGCAGCAUUUGAAGCCGGAUAUCGGCAUUUUGACUGCGCUCCUCUUUAUGGCAACGAAACAGAAAUUGGACAGGUCUUUAAAACUACCAAGGUGCCGCGAGAGGAAUAUUUUGUGACUACAAAGCUUUGGUCCUCUGAUCACCGCCGCAUUACAUCCGCUCUUCAGAAAUCUCUAGAUGAUCUCUGCCUCGACUAUGUCGACCUUUACCUCAUGCAUUGGCCUGUCCCUUUACCCUCUUCGCCGCCAGAGACAUACGGAAAAGAAGACCGUACUACGCAUGAUUCUCACUGGGAUUUCACCGACACCUGGCACGAGAUGGAGAAGCUCCUUGAGACAGGCAAAGUGCGCGCGAUUGGAGUGGCAAAUUUCUCAACGGUCAACCUAGCGAAACUACUCAAGAGCUGCAAGGUUGUUCCAGCGGUCAACCAGACGGAGAUCCAGCCAUUACUGCCGCAGAAGAAGCUCAACGCAGUCUGUGUUGAGAAUAGAAUUCACCAAACAGCAUUUGGCCCUCUAGGAGGAAGUGGGAGUACACUGCACACAGAUCCAGUGGUGAACCGUAUCGCGGAGAGAAGGGGAUGUAGUUCUGGGAAUGUAUUGCUGAGCUGGGGGAUCAGGAAGGGAUGGAGUGUGGUCCCAAAGAGCACAAACCUGGCAAGGAUUCCAAGCAAUCUGCAACAGUGCUUUUCGAUGGAUGACCAGGAGACCGCGAACCUGGAUGGACUAGUGAGAACGCUAGGAGGGAAACGGUUCAAUCGACCGAACUGGGGAACAGUGAUCUUCCAUGAUGACGAGGAAGAAGAUGUGCAGUAA